UCUAAUAUAUGAUAAUAUAUAAUAUAUAAUAUAUAUAUUGAUUUCAAACUGAAAACGUUUCACAUUAGAUCAUACUUAGGCAGUCAGUAAACGUACCUACUACAAACACAAUAGUUGGUUAAUAUAAUUCAUGAGAAAACGUCACAUUAUUAAAUAAUACAAAACAUGGGAAGCUGGACAUGUAUUACGUCGUCUGCGUUACUAAUAUUUCACUUCUUAGCCUUUAAUGAAGCCACAGCUGCCGAAAACAAUUUACCGUUCAUCAGUAAAAUUUACAAAUGCGUAAACGACAAGUGUAUAAUAAGCGGAUUUCAAAACGAAACCAAAGAAAUCAAUGAAAUCAAUGAAUCGGUAGACGUUUGCCGAUUAACCUGUGGGCAGCAUGGGUCACUUUGGCCGAGGCCGACUAUAAUGACUACAAUAAAAAAUCCGGUGGUUAAAUUUGGACUCGAAAACAUCGUGUUCAAUUCAUCGUCCGUGGCCGAUGAAUUCGGAAAACAGUACAUGGCUGAAGCGUCCGAAGUUUUGAUGUCAUCGUUAAGAACGAUUUGCAAGCCCCGAUGUGUUCCGAACGACAACAAUCUGACCGUGUUCAUAACCACGACAGCUCCUUUUACCAACAUCAAGUGGUCGACGAACGAAAGUUAUGAAUUAAACAUUUCCACCGAUUCAGAUCAAAUCACGGUCAAAAUCACGGCACGGACCGUAUACGGCGCCAGAAACGGAUUGGAAACGUUACGACAACUAAUAACAGCGUAUGGCCGGCCCAAGUUUAACGGCAAGACACUGGUGAUGGCCGGAGAUGUGCAAAUAGUCGACGAGCCUGUGUACGCUCACAGAGGAUUCAUGCUGGACACGUCGAGGAAUUAUUUCCCACUGUCGGCGAUCAAGAGAACGAUCGACGCUAUGGGUCACUCCAAACUCAACGUGUUCCAUUGGCACGCUACAGACUCGCACAGUUUUCCAUUAGAUUUGCCCAGUGCUCCACAGAUGGCGAGAUAUGGUGCAUAUAGUCCCGAAAAAACAUACUCAUACAAAGAAAUCAAAGAUCUUCUAAGGUAUGCGUUAGUUAGAGGAGUAAGAAUUAUUAUGGAAAUCGAUUCGCCGGCACACGCGGGUUACGGAUGGCAAUGGGGAAAAGACGCCGGUCUUGGAAACAUGGUGAUCUGUCUUGGAAAUCGUCCGUGGGAGGAUUAUUGUUUACAGCCACCUUGUGGACAACUCAAUCCACUGAACAAUCACACUUACACGUGGUUGGGAAAAAUCUAUAAAGAUUUGGUUAGUGUAUUUCCCAAAGGAGAAGCAUUCCACAUGGGUGGCGACGAGGUCGCUGUACGGUGUUGGAACACGACAGACGAAAUCGUUGAAUGGAUGCAGUCUAACAAUCGAAGCUUGUCCGAAAGCGCGUAUCUGGAUCUAUGGUCCGAAUUCCACAACAGAGCUUUAACUGUAUACGACGACAAAGUGGGCGAUUCUAAUUCGGACAUAAUCGUUUGGUCAAGUGGAUUGACUGAUCCGGAAAUCAUAGAGAAGCAUCUCGACAAAAAACGAUACACUGUUGAAGUUUGGCAAGGAGAUAGAGUUUCGGUCGAUUUAGCAAACCUGGGUUACAAAGUGAUUGUGGCCGUAGAAGAUAUCUAUUACCUGGAUCACGGAUUGCGGCCACCGACCACUUACCAUUCAUGGAAAGUCAUUUACAACAACAAAUUACCAAUGGCCAAUAAUUCUAAUUUAAUUUUAGGGGCAGAAACCUGUAUGUUUUCCGAAUUCGCCGAUGAUUUCAGUUUGGAUAUCAAAGUUUGGCCAAGAGCUGCGGCUUUAGCUGAAAGGUUAUGGACGGAUCCGCCAACCAACGCUUUAGCUGCGGAGUAUAGACUAUUGCAACACCGCGAACGACUUAUAUCAUUAGGAAUCAAACCGGAUAGAAUCACUCCGGAAUGGUGUAAUGAUCGUGAAGGCGAAUGUAUUAUAAGUUAUUGAUGAUUUAUAGACAUCCAAAUAUUGAAAAAAAAAACUGAAUUUUAUGGUAUUAUACUAUUAUUUGGAUUUCAAUUUUAA